AUGCGAGAACAGAUCCUCCACGACCUGGCAAAUGUAUACCCAGUCAGUCCGGAGCAGGAGGCCAGGUCGCUCAAUGUUCCGGCUAUCGAUGUGUUGUUAGAAGUAUUUAUGCUCAAGGCGAUGGGCCCUGGAGCAGAACACAGACAGCCACAUCCGCCCAGUCCAGAGCAGAGGGCGGCGCAAGAGCAAAACCGACUUGCUGAAGAGAUGCUGUUUCGUGGUGAAGAAGAAACUGCGCCAGCUACGGAACCAAUCAGUCCCUCCAACGUCUUCUUCUCGGACUCUGCCUAUCGAUCCAAACGACCCUGCCCAGUAGUUGAGAUCUCAAGCAACCUCUCUGGCGCCGGAAAGACGGAACUAUUGUACUACCUGGUAGCCCUUUCAAUUCUCCCCAGAGCGAUCGGGGAAAUUCCCGUCGAUGGCCAAAACGCUGCAGUUGUCUUCAUUGAUGCUGAUGAUAGAUUCGAUGCCGAGCGUUUACGAACCAUAGCCCGGGCGAUCGUACGCAAGUCUUACGGGUCAAUGGACCGCGAAGGAUCUGGAGAAGAGUCGGACGUAUCAGCAGACGACAUUGAGGCAAUCCUCCUGUCUGCUCUUAAGCAUGUUCAUGUCUUUCGACCUGAGUCGUCUUCUGCUCUCUUAGCUACUCUUGAAUCUCUGGAUGAGUACCUAUAUGACAUUUCUCGCCACUAUUCCGCAUCGCGUCCGUUGCAGAUGAUCGCAAUUGACAGUGCCACUGCUUUCAUUUGGCUGGAUCGUUUGCGGGACGAGAUUGCUCGCACUGAAGAUAUAGGACGCCCACAAGCGGAGAUCGAGCGAGAGCGGGAAUUGAAACUCAGCUUUUUUGUCUCCGACCUCUACGCUGAGCUUGUCAAGCAGCUGAAGCGGCUGCAAAGCCGUUUUGGCUCUGCAGUGGUAUUCACAUCCACCGUCCCUGAGGCACGACCCGCGAAAAAUAGCACUGAAUACACCGGGCCUCCUGGCCCCUUCGACCAACCGUCAUCUCGGACACCGGCGCUUCGACCAGCCCUGCCGGCACCAUGGGGCACCUUCCCCAUUCUUCGCCUAGUUGUUCAGCGUGAUACGGUUUGGCCGUUUCCUCCAACCAUGAGUGCGCAUGAUGCUAGAAGUGAAGCUUCAAUGCGGCAAAGUGUGGUCCUGCAGGGCAAGUUCUCAGCUUGGGUCAAUGCCUGGGGACGCGAAGAGUGGCCUCGACGUGUAGUGGACGGAAUCUCUUACACAGGAGGCAGCUUUCCCUUCUAUGUUAAGGCAUCAGGAGUCGAGAUACCCUUGCCUGAAUGA